AUGGAUUCCAGGGAUGGCAGGGCGAUUCAGGUAAGCCCACCGCAGGGGUUUUACGUCAAUUUUGAUAUCGAUACCACCUACGUCAUUCCCUUCACUGUGCGGAAUGAUACACGCUCCAUGUGCACCGUGCGUUUUACGCCUCCUAGUAACCAGCGUGUGUUUCGCAUCAAUACCACCUCGGUGCGCCUUGCCCCUGGACUUUCACACGUGAUUGAGGCGGAGUUUAUUACGCACGUGUCACAGGACUACCAGGACAGCUUUGUCGUGUUCACCAACGAUGAGUCCGUCACGGUGCCGCUCGUGGCGAAGUGCAGCCCGGACCUUGAGUUCCCCGCGACGGUCAACUUUGGACGUGUUGAGAGAAACCGUCAUGGUCUGUCGAAGGCGCUGCGUCUCACAAACAAGGGUCGACGGGAGAAACACGUGCAAAUCCUGGCUCCGGCACAAGUCACGGGGGUAAAGGUGAACCCGCUGCAGUGCGUUGCCCCGCCAAUGGGCUGCGUUGACGUCUACCUGGAGCUCUUGAAGCUCGAUGUUGGCUUUCAUCGCCUGCCGCUCCAGCUCGACGUGGCUGACGAGGCGGAACGGCGGACAGUGAUGUUGGUGGUUGAGGUGAUGGACAGCAAAGGCGUCCUCCUUGACCCGCGCAGCGGUGAGGAGGUGCACGCGCUGGGGUUCGCCAAGACGUACGCUGGCACGCGACGCGUGGUGGAGGUGGAUGUGCGUAACGAUAGUGAGCAGCCGGUGAGCUUCGCGUUUCAGGUUGCGGGCGACGCCUCUGCCGAGCAGCAACAGCAGUCGCCGUUUGACUUCAUCCCGCGACAAGGUCGACUCGGUCCACACGAGAAAACACGUGUGAGCGCCGUUUUUUCACCCCCCAUCUCGUAUUCGCCAAGAGGGUGGUCGUGCCGCCGUGAGAAUCGGCACACUUCAAGUGCCACGUAUGAGACUCUCUACUCGCUGCUUUUUCUAGAGGUGGAGCACACACACACGCUGCGGGUGACUGGGUCGAGCACUGCGACGGUCGCAUGGCUUUCGCAAGCUGUUGUGGACUUUGGUCAGUGCGCUAUGAACGACUACCGCGAUGUGACGGUGACUGUGCACAAUGGGCAUAAAGACAUGCCGUUGCAGUUUCUGUUUCCCCGCGUCGCACACUUUCUGAUCGACCCUGCCGAGGGAAAAGUGAAGCCUGGGGCCUCAUGCGACGUUCGCUUGACGUUUCGCCCGCGUCGCCUGGGCGCAUUUGAGGAGCAUCUGAGGGUUGUAUUCAAUGAAACGGAAAAAGAAAGCCUGACGCUCUCGGGGGUGGCGAAGUCGCUCUCUGCGACGCAGAAGAUUGUUGGCGGAGUUGACAAACUGCCGGAGGAUUUUGUCAGCAUGCGGAAGGGCGUGAGUUUAGUGCAGGAGCCGCCCUGCGCCAGCACCGGCCGUGCGGCGGCGGCGACGGCGACGAGCGUGGAUGCGGUGGACCUUGGCAUGAUUCCAGCGGAGGGUCUGGUGCCCCCCGAGCCGGAGCCUCCCACCGCCAUCUACAAGCGAAAGUCUGCCGGCGAGUUUUCAAUACUGCGAGGAGGCGAUCAUUUCUCACCCGUCGCUUUAGACGCGAAGACGCUCAUCCGGAAGGUGUUUAAGGAGACCCCGAGCAACGCGACGGAGCGGCGGGAUUGCCGGCGUGAGUUGCAGCCGAUGGAGCUCCUGCGCAUCGCGGCUCCGAUCAAGGUGAUGGACUACCAGCGGGUGACCGUGGGCUCCACGUCAACAAAAAUGUUUUUCCUGUACAACGGGACUGCCGCCGCGGUGCUGGCGGAGAUGCCGACGGAGGAGACACACUUGUCCUUUUCUCCACACUCGCAGGUGAUUCCAGCUGGGCGUGCCGCUGCAUACGAUGUGAGUUUCUGCAGCUCAGUAGUUCAGACCUACCAGCAGAUUGUGCAGAUUAAAAUUAAUGGACGAUACAUGCUGCGAUUCACACUGCAGGCGGACGUUGUGCCGGUGGAGGUGACCUUGUCACGUGACGACGUGGUGCUUAAUUUCACGGAAUUUGCGGAUGAUCCCAUGGCGCAUGCCACCGUGACACUUUUCAAUCACGGGAACAGCGAGGCCGCCUAUGCCUGGGCGCUGAAUCCUGGUCCAUUCAUGAUUGAGCCGACGAGUGGCUCAAUUGCCCCAAUGAGUAAGGUAACGGCACAGUUGACAUUUAUUCCACCCCAAGGUGUUCUUAACGCGGAGACGAAGGCAGAACUCCACGUGAAGGGAGCAUUGACUACGCGAGUACUUAAUCUAAAGGGCAUUAUUGCUCCCACUUCGUGUGGGUGGUCUACGGCCGUCGGCGAGAGGGCCGGCAGUGGUCUGAGUAUGACGUCAGGUGGUGAGUAUGUGCUUAAAUUGCAGCAGGUACCUGCCGGUGUGACGACAAAAGCAAAGGUUAUGCUGCACAACAGGGGCCGCAACAGUGCCUUCUUCUCCUUUGAAUCCAUACCAGAGUGGCUGAUGGUCACGCCAAUGUGUAGGCGCGUUGGGGUGGGAGAAACGGAGGAGAUCACGCUUGCAGUGCACCAUGAGAUGCCAGGUUUGGUGCAGGCCUCUCUGCUGUGCUGCGUGCGUGGCAUGAAGCGACCGCUGAGGCUGGGUCUCACCGCGGAGGUGUGUGUCGCACCGUUGAGUAUUGUCGCGCCUCCGCGGGGCGACGGAGAAAUUCUUUUGGAGUUUGACUCUGUUUACAUUGGAACGGAGAAGGCACUGCCGGUGCGUUUUUGCAACAGUGGCGACGUGGCUGCCGUCAUUUUUGUGGACCUCCGCAGUCUUCCGGAGUACUCGCUGCGUUGCCCGGACGGUAGCGUGGCCUCACUGGAGUGGCGGGGUCGCGGCGAACCCGUUCCCGGCGAGGUGUACGUCACCAUCCCGCCCCGCAGUGAGGCGGGGGUGCUGGUUGUGUAUCGUCCCACCAGCGUCGGCAAAGAUGAGCGCUUCCUCGUGGUGUGGCGGCACAUUGGCACGGAUGAGAUGAAUCCACUGAUGCCACUCGCAGUUUCUGCACGGGCGUUGGUGUCGAAAGUAGUCGUCAGGCGACAAAACUUUGAGUUCCCGCGCACAGUUGUCGGGACCACCGCCGUGCCACUGACACUCACCAUUGAGAACGUCUCUGGGGAUUCGGUGCGGUGGGAGUUGCUCUUGACCCGUGACGAGAACAGCAAGGGCAGCGACGACAAGGGCAGUGCUGGUGAGGCGUGCCCCUUCCAGAUGAACCCGGAGAGCGGCACUUUGGCCCCCCACAAAAGUCAAUUGGUCCAUGUCACGUUUGUGCCGAACUUAGAGGGCAACCGGCAUGAGCGCUACUGCGUGUACCUGGACGGAAACCAGUUACGUCCGUGUGCGGAGGUGCGGGUGUCGGGACUUGCGGCCCUGCCACGCAUCGUAUGCGACAGGGACGAACUUAUUUUCCCCGCUGUUCCGCUCAACGUUGUGGUGCGAGAGACGAUGUAUAUAGCAAACGAUGGCUUUGACUCCAUUGAGGUACGAUACUCCAGCAAAGAGGCAGGCCCACUCCACGUCACGUUUCCACAUGGUGCCAUCUUCAAGUCUUCGUCACGCAUUCCAGUCCGUGUGGAGUUCUGCUCUUCCAAGCCUGUCUCACUCUCGACAUCCAUCACGUUUACAUCAGAUGUGGGUGAAACCCUCACAAUUCCUGUUACCGCCACAUCUGUUAACUCAUUUCUUACGACAGCCCCUUACGUUAUGUUUCAGCGCGGUCGCUCACACAUAGGCCUCGCUGAAGAUGCCGCAACAGGGGGAGAGCGUAAUGAAGAAGAAGAGGAGGUUGAGGGAAGGGAGGAAGCGAUGGUACCAUUCAUUUACUGGGAUGACGUCCCUGCGUUUCCCACCGGCACCGCUGUUGCCGCUGCCGCUGCCGCCACCAAAAAUGCUCUGGCGAGUGCUACUCCUGUUGCCUCUACCACGACAACGCCUAUUUCCCACCCACUUGCAGGGAGUCCCGAGCCUCGCCUGACGCCUACGCCUGGUCCAUUUGUUUUCGUGGAUGCCGUUGGACGCAGCAUGUAUUCCCGGCAUGCGAUUGAGAAUCUGCAACUGUGGCUAAACCACUGCAUUUUUCAGAAGCCUGUCAGUGAACUUGUCCCUGCGUUGCAGUCGACGGAAGGACGUUCACUGCUUGAGGCGGCGUACAGGCUCUCCGGAAAGCGGCCAAGCAGGCUGGCUCAGCCCAGUGGGGGGGAAAGGUCACUUGCUUUUCUCCAGUCGCUGACGUCAGUAAUCAAGUCUAGGGGUGGGUGCUUGAGUGAGGUUCGCCUCCCGUAUUUGAUGAAGUACAGCGCGUAUUGCGCGCUCCAGGAGAGCUCCGGUGGGGAGGUUUUACCACCAGCCGCCUUCGCCGUGCGUGCUGAUCAUGCGUGGGUGACGGUUAUUCUGCAGUUUAUUCGUGUGCUUUACCUUCCCAAGGUGGACCUUGCGGCCAUGCUGCGGCUUUACCCCGCGACGAAAACGUACUUUCCCCGUUCCACCUGGGAAUCGGCACCGUUUCAGGCGGCACUUCGCGACAGCAAUGUUUUUAGCCCGGAAGAGGGUCUUCUUCUGCGUUGGGUGACCUACAAUGUACGCAAGUGCGUGAGAAGUGGGGUGCUGAAGGGUGGGACGAGGGUGAUCUUGGGGUUUGACGAUCUACGCGACUGUGUGGGUGUGCUUGCCUGCAUUCUCGCGUACGUGCCCUCGGCAGCUGCACGCUUGUCGUCGAUGGAGCGCCUCGUUGCUGAGCCCACAACGCAAACAGAGAUGGAGAACAAUGCUGCAGUGCUCCUUGGGGCGUUGAUGUACAUUGGGUUCCCUGUGCGAGCCACACCGCGUGAACUGCUGGAGUACAACACAGUCGACUGGCUGCUGCUCGUCGUGACGCUCUUUAUUCUCCUGCCACGCUUCAUCCCGACUGCCGUCCUUUCACUCGAGGGAAAACUGCUGGUCCCAAUGUCGCGGUCGCUGGAGGUGGCGAACACGUCGAACACUGAGCGCACCUACACUGUGGAGAUGGGCAACUCCGUCUUCCGCGCCCUGCCGCGGGACUUUAGCGUCGACGCUGGUGGCGUGGCGCAACUCAACGUGGAGGUGACGUUGCGUUUUAACCGCCGCGUGGAAGGGGAGUGUGUGGUAGUGGAUACCUCUGCCUGCCUCAUGGAGGAGCGCGCGCCCAUCGCGUUUCGUCUUGUGGCCGUACCCAACCAGGAGCCGCUGCGCGUCGUAAAUAUUCAGACGCCACUGUACACGGCACUCCAGCAUGAGAUGCUGGUGGAGAGCCCUUUCCAGGAGAACUGUGUUGCCACCCUUCGCUUUGCCCAGGAGUACAAGAGUGAUGCUGCGUACCCAGAGGGGGACUUUGGGAAAACCCUACAUAACGCCUUUAACAUUUCUGCCGGCGUCAUUCCCUUCCGCAGCGGCGAGGCAACAAAGGUGAUGAUACAGUUUGUUCCAUGCGCCCGCGGUAAGUACGAGGCACGCAUCACGUUUCAUGAUGAACAGCAGGGCGAGUUCUCCUACCUUGUCAUUGGCACCUGCACACCACCAAAAGUGACGGAUAAAGUGAGCAUCCGGGCCGAGUCCGGGGAGGAGUGCACGCACACGUUACUGGUAAAGUUUCAGAAUGUGCCGUUUGAGCGGAUGCUGCGUACACUUGAGGAGCAUCGCCGCCCCCCUGCCUCACGCGCCGCGAAGAAUUCCCUUAUGCCUGACCUUGUGGGUGUACCUUACACUGUGACCUUUGUGAAUGAGGCCAACGUUGGUCCGAAUCCUUUUUACCGUGGGCCUGAUAGUAUUGCCUUUGUGUCAGGUGAGUCAAUGGUACCGCUUAGUUUCUCAUUUUUGCCCAAACAGCUUGGUGAGUACAACGGAUAUAUUCUGCUUGCUUCAAAGUACGACGUGCGCAGUAUUCAGGUGACUGGGAAGUGUGUUCCAACCGGGGAAAAGGGAGUCCUUCGUUUUGCCUGCCCCGCGAGGCAGUUUAUCACACAGGGUUUGCCUGUUACUAACAACAGCAAUGAGAAUUGGCUCAUCAAGGCCACCGUGGAAGGUCCAGGCUUCAGUGGACCAAAGGAGUUGCGUGUUCCGCGUGGGAAGCAGCGCGAGUAUCCACUGCGUUACAGUCCUGCUUGGACAUCAUCUGCGAAGGGGAAUCUAACCUUGUUCAACAACGAGACCGGGGAGCGCUGUACCUACGUUCUCAUCGGUGAGGCAGAGGAGCCCUUGUCCGAGGAUGCACUCGUCAUUGAGUGCCGGGCACGCGAACGUUGUACCGUGCCAUUGACCGUGCCUGAUGUCAGUGGUGUGGAUGCCACCUAUCACGUGGAGACGGAUCUGCCCUUUGCACGCGGGGGUUCCUCUGUGCUGGUGCACCGAGGAUCCACCGCGAGGUACUUGCUCGUGCUGCAUCCUAUGAUGGGCGGCACCUACUCCGGGACUGUCGUCUGUCGUGCCCCCAAUGGACGCUACGCCUGGUACGCUAUCACCGUCAACGUCAGUCCCCCUGAGAAGGAGGGUACGGUUGAAAUAAAGACAGACACACGCACUCCUGUGACAGCCGAUGUGAGCAUUAACAACCCGACGAACAAAUCCAUUGUGUUCAACGUGCGUCGCUUUGGUCCGGGCCUUUUUGGUGAGAACUCUCUUCUUCUGGAGGCAGGCGCUCCUGCGGUGUACUCCUUGUUGUUUGUUCCCUCUCAACUUGGUUCCUUCGACGGGCGUCUCGCCUUCUGCAGCGACGAGGCAGGCGAGUUUUGGUAUGAACUGCGCAUUAUUGUGGAGGAGUCGGUUCCAGAGGAGAUUACCUUUGAAAGCGAGAUUGGGGUUCCAGAUAUACGGCAGGUCCGAAUCCCGAACGACACCUCCGUGGAACGGAAUCUUUACGUCUCCAACUCGAACCCCCGUAACUUCUCAACCGCGCCAGCUCUUCUGACGAUUCCAGCCUACUCGGAAUUGACCCUUGACGUUGUGUAUACGCCCACUGCCGUAGAUAGACCCCAGGAGGCGAUGCUGAAAUUGUACAAUCCAGAUCUUGGCGAGUGGCGAUAUCACUGCCGCGGUGUGGGUAUGCAACCUGCGGAGAGUCCCCCAGUGCAGUGUGUGUGUGAGGUGGGGGGAAAGGUGUCCGUCGCCCUCAAGAUCAAGAAUCCAUUCGAUGUCCCCAUGACCCCUAACGUCAGACUCACCAGCGACAAGGAUGGCUAUUACAGCUUGACCACGAUGCCGCAGCUGCCAUUCAUGGCACCAGGGGCGGAGACUGCGAUCUCACUGACCUACACGCCCAAGUCUGUUGGUCGCCAUGCUGCGACCGUCCUUGUGCGUCCUGACUCUUUGACACAGGAGGUGCAAGACGUUACGUGGAGGUUUCCGCUGAGGGGUGUGGCGGAAUGGCGUUGCCGCGAUGCGCCUCUGCGGUUUCGUUGUGUGGCACGACGCCAGGUGGAGGAAACGGUUACGUUGAACCCGCCGGGGCUUACGGAAGAGGAGAAGGAAGUCUCCGUAGUGCUGGAGCUGGAACAUCAGCAGCAGUACGCGAACGCUGUGGAGUCAAGUUUUCAAAGCACCUUGGAAGCCUCCGAUACGGCAAAAGGGUCGCUCACGGUAAAGAUGCGCUUUGCGCCUUUGCGGCCUUUUCUUGCAACGGCCGACCUUGUCGUUCGCUCGGAGAAGGGUGCGGUUUGGCGGUAUUCUAUCGUCUUAGACGCCGUACGCGCGGAGGUGGACGAUGUGGUGACUAUUAAGGCGGCCUUCCGCACCGUGUCUGCCGUCACAUUUUCCAUGUAUAACGUGUUUCCGCACAGCUCUCCCUUCAGUGCCUAUUUCACCCCCGAAAGCUCGCGGGAUUUGUCGGUGAUAAACACUCGUGGGGUGCUGCAUCCCUUUUUGGUGGGUCAGCGGAGCCCAGGGAGCGCGACGCCGCUGCAGGUGCGAUUCGCCCCCUCUGCACGUCUGCCGCAGGUGGAGGGGACGCUCAUUGUUGACACAGAGGAUAUGCAGUGGUCCUUCAAGGUGAUAGGGAAGCUUGAGGACGCCCACACCCGGUAG